AAUAUUUCUGGGGAGCCAGAAUUUAGUUUCCAAGGUAGUGGUUCCUUUGCUGCACCCAUGCUAAUAUCGGUCUUUGUGACGUUGAGACUAGAAGACAUCCCUGUGGUGUGUGAGUUUCCGGAUGUAUUUCCAAAGGAUCUCCCAGGUUUACCUCCAAAUAGGGAGAUUGAAUUUGCUAUUGAUCUUGUUCCUGACACCAGACCUAUUUCCAAAGCCCCGUACCGUAUGGCUCCUGCGGAGUUGAAGGAGUUAAAGGAUGGGAGCAUGAGACUAUGCAUAGAUUACCGAGAACUAAAUAAGGUGACUGUGAAGAACCAAUAUCCAUUUCCUAGAAUUGAUGACUUGUUUGAUCAGCUUAAGGGUGCCCAAGUGUUUUCUAAGAUUGAUCUCCGAUCUGGCUACCAGUUGAAGAUUAAACCUGAUGAUGUGCCAAAAAUUGCCUUCCAUACCCGCUAUGGUCACUAUGAAUUCUUGGUUAUGCCUUUUGGCUUAACAAAUGCCCUUGCAAGAUUUAUGGAAUUGAUGAAUCAGGUAUUUAGCAAGUACCUAGAUCAGCAUGUGGUUGUCUUUAUUGAUGACAUUUUGAUUUACUCUUCUAGCCAUGCUCUUCAUGAAAAGCAUUUAAGGACGGUUCUCGAGACAUUGAGAAGUCACAUUGUGACUAAGGAUGGAAUCUCUGUUGACCCCCAGAAGAUUAAGGCUAUGAUGGAUUGGAAAAGGCCGAAUAGUGUUGUAGAAGUUUGUAGUUUUCUAGGAUUGGCUAGUUAUUACUGUCGAUUUGUGGGGGAUUUCUCUAGAAUUACUCUACCAAUGACCCGUUUGAUUAGGAAAGACACCAAAUUUGAGUGGACUCUAGAGUGUGAAAAGGGCUUUUUGACCCUUAAAGAGAAAUUGGUCACUGCUCCUGUACUCGCACUUCCCAUCAAUGGGGAAGGAUUCACUAUAUAUAGUGAUGCCUCUAAAAAGGGUUUGGGAUGUGGCUUGAUGCAUAAAGAUAAGGGAAAUGGUUCCAUCUGGGUCAUCGUUGAUCGAUUGACCAAGUUAGCACAUUUCUUACCUUACCAGAUUGGCGCAUCCGUUGAGAAGCUUGCCAAUAUUUACCAGUCCAGCAUCCGCAUGGCACCGUUUGAGGCUUUGUAUGGUCGAAGGUGUAGAUCACCUAUUUGUUGGGCAAAGGUAGGCGAGAAAAGCAUUCUGGGCCCAGAAUUGGUGCAACAGUCUUCUAAGAUUGUGCAAUUGAUCAAGGAAUGCCUUCAUGCUGCACAGAGUGUCCUCAAGUUUGGCAUUCGGGGAAAAUUGAGUCCGAGGUAUAUUGGACCAUAUCCUAUCCUGGAAAGGGUUGGCGAGGUAGCUUACCGAUUAGAGUUGCCUGGAAAUUUAGCGGGUGUUCAUGAUGUGUUCCAUGUGUCUUUACUUCAGAAGUAUAUUCCUGAUUUGAGCCACAUCAUUGAUCCCAAACCCAUUCAACUUUGAGAAGAUCUCCCUUAUGAUGAGCACCCGAUCCGUAUUUUAGAUUUCAAGAAGAGGGUAAUGCGAAGAAGGACUAUUCAUUUUGUUAAUGUCUUUUGGGAUAACCAUUCGGUUGAAUAAGCUACUUGGGAGUUGGAAUCUAAGAUGAGGUAGGAACAUCCACACCUCUUCCAAGAUUGAGGUAGAAGUUUAGGGGACUAAACUCCUUUUUAGGAU